AUGGACUUAUGUAGUGUUAUUGAUCAAUUAUUUUAUGAAUCUGAAUCGAAUAAUUGUGACAUAUCAAUUGAUUUUAGCAGUUUGUACUGCUUUUUCAUUGAAUCAGUUGAGUCUAAUUACUUGAGUGUAAAAUUGUGGGCGCACAUCCUACACACCUAUAUAAUAAAAAUUUUACAAACAAUUAAUUCAUUGAACGAUAAUGAUACUGAAGAUUUGUACGAUAUUUUAAAUAUUGAAAAGGAUAGAAUGAUCAAUGAUUUCGCUUAUUACAUAAUUAAAAGUUUAAUCAAUUCUUCAAUUCCUGGUGCCCUAACUAUUUUAUCCAAAGCAAACGUAUUACAGCUUUACCAACAAUCUAUUGACAAUUUCAUGACCAAUAAUGUUUCAAAUGGCAUUUAUAACCUAAAGAAUCCGAUUGCUUUAAGUCUAUACCUAGAUUCAAUAUGGAAGCUCUUGCCUUAUUUACAAGAUCGGGAUUAUUACCUUGAUGAUAUAUGCCAUAGAUUCCACUGCAGCAAUUUAUGGAUUUCAAUAUGGAAUUCUGUAGUCGAUUUAGACUAUAAAAAUCCAAAUCCUGAAAUAGAUAUGUUGAAUGUUAGAGUAAUGUUUAUCAAAUUUUUGCGCUUGUCAAGUGGUUUAAUAUACGGACUGAGAGGAAAUAAUUUUAUCGCACAUUACAACGAAGAUAAAAACCACAUUACCUGGAAUUAUAUAUUUAAAAUUCUAUAUAAUUCAACAAUUUCUCACAUUAUUGCAUCAAAAAUUUAUAAAUAUAUAGCAGAUUUGCUCCUUAUCAGUUAUGCAGAUAAGUCACUUAAGAUAUUUCUUAAAUUCCAAUCUAGUAGACUUAAAAAUGUCCUUGAAGUCAAUAUAUCAAAAUUUUCACAACAAGAAUCAAAUGAUCCUUAUCAAUCUAAAUGUUGCGUUCAAAUACGGGCUAUUUAUUCGUUAUUUAAAAAUGGGGUAGUAGAUAAGACACUAAAGCUAUUACAUAAAAUUUCAAGUUUGAAUGAUGUAAUUCUUGCACCAUCAAAUGAGGGUGGCACUAUCGAUUAUUUUGCCGAUAAAAUGAUACCAAGAAUAUUGCCUUGUUUCAACACAGGGUGCAAUAAUAUAUUCCAUAUGGAUAACCCUGAAGUACACUUAUCAUCUAGUGUUUUUGACUUUAAAUAUUGUGACAUUUGUGGAGUAACCAGUUAUUGUAGUGAAAAAUGUAGAUCGUUGCACUGGGAUUCAUCGCACCAAUAUGUUUGUGAUACUUUUAAAAAUUUACCGACAAGUUUGAAAUUUAAAUCCACACGGGGACAGUUUAUUUCAUUUUUUGAUUGA